AUGUUUACUCUGGUGAGCCUGGACGAAAAGUACUAUUGUACAGCUUGUCAGAGAGGCAGAGUACCUUGCUACGGUGAAAUCGUCUGGGUUAGAGUUCCUCCUCUAAAGUUUCUCCAAGACUUGAAUUCGCUCAAAUGGGAAUUCCUUACUCCGGAUCUCCAGUUCCUUCGACACUCCUUCCCUCCGGAUGACGUUGAGGAUGACUGCAAAAAUGGUAUCUGGUGGCCCGGUGAAAUUCUUCACCCACGCUCCUUCCAUUACAAGCAUCCAUCCAAAUUAGAGCAAUUCACUCAACUGAAUUUGAAGUCUCGUCUUGGCUUUUUCGCCGUACGUCUUUUUGGUCUCAAAUCCUCUGCACCCUUCAACGAAAUCUCCCCAGUUGAUGCUCUAAAGAUUCAAAGCUUGCCGGUGAAUAAGGACUCUCCUGAUCUUCGGAUCUUUCCAGUGUGUAUAUGGACUACUCAAGCUCGAGUGCACUAUUUCACUCCAGAGGAUGUUGAUCAGGAGCUUAAUGAAACGUGUGUUCCUCCAGGUCUAGAAGACCCUGAUCCUGUCUUAGAACUCUUCCUAGCAGACUCUGCACGGGAAAGCCUCGGUUUAGAGACAUCGGGUUCACGACUGAAAUCUCCCUCUGCUUCAGCGUCAAGUCGUCGGAUAAGUGGUGGAAGCAACAACGAAGCUAACCAACGACGACAAGCUUUCAAUAUCCGUAAAAAUUCCGCCUAUCUGGUUGCUGUGAAAACAGCCGGUGAAGCCCUAUCAGCAAGGCAGAAGUAUAGAGAAAGCAUUCUAUACUUGGAUAGUGAUCGACCAGCGUACUAUGUCGCUGUUAAGACAAAUGUACCCAUCGGUCAAGUUAGGAUCCGCUCAAGGGAUGAUGACUCCAUUAAUGGCAUUGAACGUUGUUCUUGUACUGAGGCAAAUCCUUGCGGUUUGGAUAGCAAUUGCCUCAACCGUAUUUGCUCUACGAAUUGUGUCAAUUGCAAGCUUGGUCCUCUAUGUCUAAAUCAAUUCUUCACACAGAGGACAUACCCCAAACAAGAGAUGUUCUAUACUGAUUCUCGUCGUGGUUGGGGUGCUAGGACCCUACAAUUCAUUCCUAAGGAUGAAUUCGUAAACGAGUACGUCGGUGAACUAAUUGAUGAGGCUGAGUCCCGACGUCGAACCGAUUUCGCAAAGGAGAACAAUGUUAAGUGCACUUACAUUAUGGCCCUGGAUCACCGUUAUGUCGAUGCGGGUCCCAAGGGUAACAUGAGUCGAUUUUAUAAUCACUCCUGUGAUCCUAACUUGAGUGCACAUAUUUGGAACGUGAAAGGAGAUUUCAGAAUUGGUCUUUUUGCCGUGAGGAAUAUUGAACCUGGUGAAGAGUUGACAUUCAACUACAACAGUUACUCCAAUGGUGUCUCCAUGGGCAAAUGUCAUUGUGGAGCGCCAAAUUGCCAAGGGAUCAUGGGAACUGCUAAGGAUCGCCCUCAUCUCUCCGAUGACAGUGGAACCACCUCUGACAGUGAACGAGAAGAGAUAGAGUUACGUCGAUUAAAAUCCAAGAAAAAGUCAACUGCUGCUCCUGUAGCGACCGUUAAUCAUCGCAAUAAGUCUACCGGAAGACGACGAGAGAUUCUCGAGGCGAGUGUAAACCUCAAUGGGACUAAGUCUUCUCGAGCAACAUCUGUUGACUCCAAUCUUCCCCAGUUUUCAACAUCUUCCAAUUCCAAUACUAACAAUAAUUCUCUUAAUGGCUUGUCGGUGCUUUCGUCGAAAAAGAUGACCAGUUCCUGCUCAAGAUGCAAUAAGGUGAUCUCCAAGAUACUCGAAAUUCCAAAAUCGGGCAUCUCAAGCAGUGGAAACAACGGGGAUUUCGGAUUAGAAUGUCCCAGAUCCGACUGUAAAAAAACCUACCAUAUUAAAUGCCUUCUUGCUGACAGAGUUAUUGACAAAAGGUGGAUCUGCCCCAUACACCAUUGUGCUAUAUGUGGAGCUCAUGGAACUGUUUUUUGUUAUUUGUGCGAUGUCUCCUAUUGCGCCGCUCACGUUGAAGGAAGUGUUGAUGUACUUCCACCCCUUAAACUCGGUGACUUCGCCAGGGUUAUAUGCAAAGCCCAUUCCGAUAUGUUUUCUUCCAUGUCUCAAGAUAGCGAUUCUGAGGAUACUGAGGAAGCGGAAGAUUUCCAUCAAGUUGCCUCUCGUUUGAAAGGAAAGAGGAGAACUCUUUCCACAAAACCGAAUUCGAGUAGUGGCAAGCGUCGACGAGAGAUCUCCGAACAUAAUCGCUGA